UGUGGCUUUAAGAGGUUUCUUUGAAUUGGUAGGGCAGUGGGGAAGUGAAGGGGUGUAAACACAACCUCAAACUCUCACACUGUAUCCUAUAGCACCUUUUAAGCACGGAAUAGAUCAUUCAAGACACCUGCAGAAUCUGCACAAGACCGAGGCUGAAAGAUCUGAGUAUGAGCGCACAAAAUGUUGGAACCAGAGGUGGACAUCAGGCUUUCAGGCUGCACAUGGUCACAUGGAAUGUUAGCACAGCAGAGCCACCAGCUGAUGUGAGGUCAUUACUGCAGCUUGACUCACAGCCAGCCACUGACCUCUAUGUGAUUGGUUUACAGGAAGUCAAUGCCACUCCAGUGCGGUAUAUCUCUGAUCUCAUUGCUGAGGAUUCAUGGAGCCACCUCUUCAUGGAUACUCUGGCACCAAUGGGCUAUAUCAAGGUGACGUCAUUGAGAAUGCAGGGUUUGCUGCUGAUAUUGUUUGCAAAGCAGGUCCACCUGCCUUUCAUCAGAGACAUCCAAAGUACAUAUACCCGCACUGGCCUGUUUGGAUACUGGGGAAAUAAGGGUGGUGUUUCUGUGCGUUUCUCAUUUUAUGGUCACAUGCUGUGUUUUCUGAACUGUCAUCUGGCGGCUCAUAUGAACUAUGCCCUGCAACGCAUGGAUGAGUUUGAAUAUAUACUGGACACGCAAGAUUUCGAUAUGUACAACACACCAAACGUGCUUGACCACAAGGUGGUCUUCUGGUUUGGUGAUCUGAACUUCCGUAUCGCUGACCAUGGGAUGCACUUUCUUCGCUCCUCGAUCAACAAUGGCCGUUUUAAUCUGCUGUGGGACAAAGAUCAGUUGACCAUGAUGAAGAAGAAAGAACCUAUUCUUCAGGAGUUCGAAGAGGGACCAUUGCGCUUUAAACCCACAUAUAAAUUUGACCGUUUCUCUGAGACUUACGAUACAAGAGCACCGAAGACAUGGUUUGGCUUUACUGGUAAAAAGCGGAAGCCUGCCUGGACGGAUCGUAUCUUGUGGAGGAUAAAACCCAAAGCUAUAGAGACAGAGGAUGAGAAUAGUUCCACAACCUCAUCAGUUGACGAUGAUGAGUAUCCUGUUAAGGUGAUGCAGGAAAUGUACACCUGUGAUGUCUCAUACGGGGUCAGUGACCACAAACCUGUCAUUGGGACCUUUAAUCUGGAGAUGAGAAAAAAGGUGGAGACGCCUCUAGUCACGCUGACAGUGGAGAAACACUGGAGUGCAGAUGAAAAUGCCACAUUCACCUACACCAUCCUGGAAAACUUUGAGUGCUCAACUUGGGACUGGAUCGGACUGUACAAGAUUGGCUUCAAAAGUGCCUCUGAUUACUCCACCUUCGCCUGGGUCAAAGAUGAUGAAGUGGCUGCCAUUGGCGAAGUUGUGACGGUCCAAAUUAAAAAUGAACUCCCCCUGCUGGCAGGGGAUUAUGUUCUGGGCUAUUACAGCACCAACAUGCAAACCCUCAUUGCCUUUAGUCCAACUUUCCAGAUUCUAGAGUCCAAACGAGCUGUAAUGGAGGGUCUGGUUCCUGAGAACAUCAACGGACAUGAGAAAUAACUGGAAUAUCUUCUAAUAUGUGGGCCAUAUGUACAAAUUACAGCAGGAGAUCUGAUUUUGGAUGAGAUUUCUCCUUGUGUAAACAGACUUUGUUCAUAUUGGUUUUAAAAGGUAGAACAGAUUCUGAAACAAUCUGAUAUGAGUGUGGUUUAAACUGAAGGCUUUAAAAUUUCCCAAACACCAGUUUAGGCACUGAACACACUGCUCUUUUCAUCCUUCGUUUACCUAUGGCUCUCCUUCAAUUUGCUGAAUCUGUCGUAAGCUCUUGCAAACACGCACACAUAUUGUACACUUAGUUUUAUAGUACCUGUACCUGCCACUAGAGGUCAAUAAAGUCAAUUACAGAGGCGAUCAUGGAAUCCGUGCCUGCAAACACAUUAAAAAGCUCUUGAUCUCUGCAGAAUUGGACCACGCAAAGAUUUACAUAUUUGACAUUUCCCAGACCUUGUAUGUUUUUAUUAUACCUUUUUUCUUUCUUUCUUUUUGCAAAUUUGAAACUAAUAAGAUUUUAGAACUAGUAAGAGUUUAGAACUCUCAGAAUUUCCCACAGCCUAUAUUUCAUAUCAAAAUCAGCAGAUAAAUUAUGAAAAAGUCCUUAGUAUUAUUUUACAGUAAUUCAGUUCUACAAAAUACAAUUAUGAAUUUACUAUUAUAUCAUACAUUAAAUGCAUGAUGUUGCAUUAAUUUUGCCCAAAUCUGAAAGUGAUUUCAGUACCUUACAUUAGUUUUACUGUACAUUGGUGAAGUGUGCAGCUCUUUAUACAGUGUUUCAUUGAAUGUCUUAUAUGUCUCAGUGUCAGUGCCUGUAUAUGUUAGUGUGUGGAUUUUCAGUACCGAUAUAACAACAGUUCACUAUCUGACUUUUAAAAUGCCUUCAUGUUUAAGCUCUGUCCCUCUUGUGUAUGUGAGCAAGAGGCAGUUUAACUUCUUGUCUACAUUUUUCCAUGAUAUGCCUGACCUAUCUUUUACUUUAAAUAGGCUGUAUCAUUUUGUCCUCUAUCUUAGUUCAGUUAGUGUAACUGACUGUAUUUAUGGAAGUGGAACGAGUUGAUUUGACCCUUUAUGAUUUGUUAAAAAUGCUAUGUUUUUAUAAUCAAGCAGUUGAACACAGCUGUGUUAUUGGGAUUGUAAGCAAUUUCAUUAAAAUAUGAAUGUCUGAUUA